AUGGAUAGCAAUGUAGGGGCCAUUGGAUAUCGACUUUUUUGCAACGAACAAAUCCCAGCUAUUAAACAGAGAAUCGAACUAGAAACUGGUAGAAAGGCUAAAGUAUCUGACUUGCAGAAAGAGUUAUCAACAUUAUGGAAAAAUCUAACAGAACAAGAAAGACAGGUAAUCGACCACUUUUAUAUAUAUUUGUAA